GUACCACCCGAUUUUUGGGCUGUCCCAGCAGCCAGCAUGUCGAGCUAGUCACGAUCAGGUAUGCAGCGUGGUACUUUUAGAGCGCUGCGUGUGGUGAUUGUCCGCAACAAGCUACCCAGAUAAGAAAGUCGAUGGGUGUAUUUUCGUUUAUCACGAGGAGCUGGUAUGCUAGUACAUGUAGUACGGUGGAAAUUUACGGAUUCGUUUGGCACAGCUAUCUGCAUGGCCAUAUGGGUUGGCAGGUAGAAUGUCGAACAGGGCACAGCAGAGGAUGGUGAAGCAACUAGCACUGAUGUAGUUCAUGAACAGUGAAGCUGUUCUGGUCCGAAUAUCUCAAGCUAAUUCUGCUCCAACGCCAAUGGCCUAAUAAUAAUUAUUGUUAUUACAAGCCUGAUUACCCGCAAAAAGUAAGUUUGUUGCUGAAAAGAAGUAGGUAUACUCCGUCGCGUAGAUCGGUGACGCAGGAUUGCCGAGUUCAAGUGGCUGCACUUUGACGGACUGUGGACCAUCGCAUACUAACUGCAUUUCGUAGAACACUGCUGUGCACCUUCUCGGCUGAGUGGAUCCGGUCGUCGUUAGACACACCAGUAACAAAAUACAGUGACUGUGCAGUCUGUCGGUGCACUUAUCACGUCGUUAGUACAGUUAGCACUUGGAUCGCGUCGCCCUCUCACUCAGCUCUUUGCCUUUGGUCCAGCGUGCUGACUUGCUUCCGUGCCGCCUCGACGUAGAUCUACUUGUAGUGGUCAUCGUCUGUAGUAUUAGCCUUCGCCAUGAUUUAGCGCUGGUGACACUCGUGCUCUGUACUGGGCCGGUUGUCCGUGCCACAGCCAGGCGUGGCUGUAUGUCCUGGCUGGGCUAGCUGCUGCCGUCAAAGCUCAACAAGACCAGGGCGUUCGCGUGAUGAGUGGCCAGGUCACUGUGCACUCGACGACCUCCUCGGAUCUCUGCAAGCCGGCCAAGCACCUGGUGCGCAAAAAGAGGACAUCUCGCAACUGUGGAACAUUCAGUUGCUGGUGGUUGGUGUUGCUGGUUGCUGUGAGCUGUGCAGUGUCCAGCUCAACACAUACAGGAAGUACUGAUGAUCAGCUGGUUGACCGGAUAUGUACCUCGCAGAAGAAAGUAGUGGAAUUCUUCAGCAAAAUCAAGCUUGCCAAAGAUGAGAGUGAUAUGUUCUGUGGUAAAAAUGCAUCGCGGUGUGCAGAUGUUUGUAAGAGUGAUCCUGGCGACCUUACAAUCAACUUCACUGAGUUCCGGUUCCACGCAGAGUUUGCGGUGGAGAAUGCUCACCUCCUCUCAAGUCUCAUUGCAGACAUGCGCCCAGUGAACACCAUUUGGCCAAAAGGCGAUGACAGUUUUAUCAACCACAGAUGCAACCAGCUGGAAACUACAAACUUCUUUCGUGAGGGAAAUAUAUUGUUUGCUACAAGAGCAAGAAGUAGUGCUCUGACUGACAAUAUCUUUGCUGUAGGAGGCUGUUUGGGCAAUGGUGUGUACACUGGAAGUGAGUGUUUCUAUUUCCCUCGGAAUCUAAGUAUUGAUGAGGGAGAAAAUGGUCACCAUAUCAGUACCUUACAUAGAGUGUCCGACGAUGCUGAUGCGCCGGCGUGGUACGAAACAGCCAAGGAAUUUCUUCAAAAUUCCAGCAUCCAAAAGACAGAUGCAUGGCUGGGUGGAGAGUGCAGACGCCUUUGUCCUCGUGGCAACUUGACGCUACUGGAAUCCGCCGAGAGCUGUGAAAUCCCGGAUGAUGUCGUUUGCCCAGUACACACAAGGUACACUGACUCUCUAUGGGUAAACCCAUACUUCGACUGUGAUCUUGGUUUUACCUGGAUGGUAACCUAUGCAGCACCAGUGGCAGUGUACCACAACAAAACAGUACACUAUCUGGGAAUGGCUGGAAUUGAUAUUGAUCUUGGGAGGAUACAGAUCAGCCAAUGCUCUGCCAACAUAGCGAACUUUACAGGUGCAAACGUGUUUGCAGACACAAACAUGUGUGAUCUGGCUACGUCACAGUGUCAAACCGUCAUUGACACGAACGAUUUUAAACUACGCGAUGGUUACUAUGUGUGCAAGUGCAAGGAAGGUUUCUACUACCCUCAUUCUAACAACUCUGAAUCCAUCAGUGGAUUUCAGCUGUCGGAGAGAGUGCACAAUUUGAGCGCUAGUUCAUGCGAGGCAGGUAUUCGCGCUGAGCUGCAGUACUUCAAGUGCGAGAAGUGUCCCAAUCGCUGCCGGACAUGCACAUCCAGCCAGGACGAUUGUCGCUACAAGACAAAGCUAGCUAUCGUGCUUCCGUUUCACAUUGUCAAUGGUCUAGCAGUGGUCCUCAUCGUCGCAUUGCUCAUCUAUGUCAUUGUAAAACGGAAGGAGGCCCCGAUUAGGUCGGCAAGCUGGCAGUUCUUGGUGGUGAUUCUGAGUGGCUGUUUGUUGGCAUUUGCUGGUCUAUUUGGAGAGAGCCAGGCAUCGAAAGUGACAUGUAUCAUGUUCCACUGGACAGUUGAAGUUGGCUUUGCCCUGAGCUAUGGUAGCAUACUGCUAAAAAGCUGGAGGAUUGAGCAAAUCUUCAGCAACAAGGCCAUGAUCAAACCGCGUGGUAAGACACGACUGAAGAACAACGACCUAGCACUGUAUCUGGUUGUGUUCGUUUUGCUAUUCUGUAUUGUGUUGUCCAUCGCCACGAGUGCUGAUCUUCUGGCAGUCGAAGAAGACAAGGAGAUCAUUGACCACCAGCCCUACUACUUUGAUCGCUGCAACGAUAAGAGCUUCAAGUACUUCACGCUAGCAGUUCAUUUGACUGUAGUAUUGUUUAAUAGUUUCCUGUGCUUCAAGCUUCGACGAGUCCUGAAUGACUAUGCGGAGAGCCGGGAGAUCUCCAUCAUUGUCUACCUGUCGAGCCUGAUUGAAAUUUUGGCGUUUGUUGGCAAGGCGGUGCUGGAGACCACACCUGAUAUUCAGUAUGCAGUGCGGUCUCUGGAGGUGUUCUUCCAGUUUGGAGUCAUGGCGGCCGUUCUCUACUUGCCCAAAGUUCGGCGGGUCGAGUGGCCAACCAAGGAGGAGCUAACACUCAGCAAGGCCACUACAGCUCAGAUGCGUUUGAUGCGCAGCACCAGCGCUACAGCGCUCCGUCGCCGCGGCACAGUCUCGCUGGACUCGGUGCAUCGCGACAGCGUCCUGGACUGGGCACAGCAGCACCCAGACUCUGCGCUGGGACAUGCGUUUUCAAUGAAAGGCGGCGAGCGACGCCGUCUCGCCAGUGAGUACUCUGCGUAUGGUUCAAAGCCAUCUCUACGCGGCUUGAACGGGUAUAUGGGUAGCUCUGACUUUUCACUGCCACGCAAAUCCACAGGCAGUGGUGAUGGUCGACCAAUGAGAACCUACCGUUCUCAGUCGUUAGCACUGUCGUCCGGAGGAAGCUUUCUAUCGCCACGUGACUUUCCGAGAUCAUCUGGCGUGUCAUCAUCUGUCGGAAGGAGUUCCAUAGGCUCGUUCGGAUCCAUCUCCGAGGCUUCUGAGAAUCCACCCAUCAGUCCCCUCUGCCCUCUUUCUCCCACCAGUAUCACGACUAAUGAAGACGUCAUUGUCUUUCCAGCCUGCACUAGCAGUGCUGGCUUGAGCUCACUCACAACCAAUAGCUUUGAGCUGGAGCGGCGUCACAGCACACCUGCAAACGUUGGCGUCUGCUCCAGUAAAAGCAGUGGCCCGGCUGUCAUUGUGACCACCCAGAUGAAAACUAUGGCUACCUCACCGACCUCGCGAUACAGUGAUGUGCAAGAGGUGGAUGAAUCAGAACUAGUGUUGCCGUCGGUGAAGAUUACAGUGACCGGCACUCAGGAUAUGGAGGAGGCCAUAGUGUGAUUGGUGCGAUUUGCUCUGCAAACUGACCAGGUAAGCACCAGAAGUAUUUCUGCUGAGAGCCAACGCCUAUCAUAUCAUAAUAUAUUGCUGUUUUUAGUUCUACAAGUUCUAGCUAUGUCAUGGUUGUUCAUAGCUGUUAUAUGUCAUGGUUGUUCAUAGCUGUUAUCUGCUUUCAGAGUACUGCACACCGAUAUAUUCACACUACCGUUGCAAUCUCUGAGAACAUUUGAUUGCGCUUGAGUUGAGCACGUAAUUUCAUCUUUUUUCCCUUUGCGGAAAAGGGCUUGCCAGUUGAGUGGAAGUUGAGACCAAAGCUAGCCGUUAACUAACUGAUGCGGUUUGUCUAAUCUAAAUUACCAGUAGAUUCAUGUACAGACCGGUCGCAGUCUUCACGCUAAUAAAUAAUGGUUUCCACUUGACUACCCUGAUACGACUAUACCCAAUACCCACUACCAGGGCUCGGAUUUCUAUUAUAGUUUUAUAGAGCUGAAGAUUUCAUGCAUCUGUGGUUAUCAAAAUAGAGUAUUUUUUGUGGAUGCAGUGAGCCUGCCAUGCUUAUUGAUUAUCUCACAGUUUAUCAGAAAACACCUUCUAUUGUGGUACUACAUUAGUAGAUGAAAACUAUUGAAUUUUUUGAUCUGUUUCUGUGUUUUUCGCUCUGAAAUUUUGAUCAAUUUUCGAACAUAAUUAUGGGUCCAUGACCUAUGGGACCGUGAUCACAUUGU